CGACUAGCUGGGCAGCAUUUGCUGGAAUCGGCUCAUGCUGCGCGAAACUGCACCUUCUCCGAGAAACAAGGAUGUUUCCUUCAAUCAAUCCGUAGGCGGACGGCGACAUGUCAUCGACAGGGAAAUCUGUCUCUGAGGAGGAGAUAUCUUGUCCCCAGUGCUUCAACAUUUAUACGUUACCCGUCGUUUUAGGAUGUGGACACAACAUUUGCAAACUUUGCCUGCACAACUUCUGGGAGUGGAAAAAGUGCCGAGAAUGCCCCGUGUGCGGCUCUGAGUCCUCCACUAGGAUGCCUCCCAUCAACCUGGAUCUAAAGUUAGCCGCCGAUCAGUUUCAAAACAGGAGGGCCAUGGCGCAGGAAAGCUGUCCGCUUCACAACGAGAAGCUGAAGGUUUUUUGCAACAACGACGAGGUGCCCAUCUGUCUCGUCUGCCAAAUAUCAAAGGACCACAAGGUGCACAAGUGCUGCCCGGUGGAGGAAGCAGCUCAACAGAAAAAGGGUGAAUUUUCUGCCACUCUUGAGACCUUAAGAAAAAAAGUGAGAACAAUGAGUAAAACUAAACAUCAAUGGGAGGAAACAAAAACCUAUAUAAAGACUCAAGGUCAACAAAUCCAGAAGGCGAUCAAAGAGGAGUUCCUGCUGCUUCACCAGUUCCUCAAGGAUGAAGAGGACAAGAGGCUGAGGCUGCUCAAACAGGAAGAAGAGAUAAAAAUCCAGGUCAUGAGUACAAAAAUCAAACAUAUAGAAGAGGAGAUAAAUGAUCUGAACUCCGCAAUCAGCAAAAUAGACAUGGUGCUCAGAGCAAAGGAUCUGCCAUUUUUACAGGAAUACAAGCAAACAAAGCAAAGCAUCAGAGGCAACAUCCAGGAUCCUGAGACCCUCAGAGACAUUCUGCUUAAUUCUGCCAAGCAUCUGGGAAUCCUCAAAUUUGAAGUUUGCAAGAAGCUGCUAGCAACCGUUAAAUACGCUUCGGUCGUUCUGGACCCGAACACGGCCCAUUCGAACCUGAAGCUGUCCCAAGAGCUGACCAGGGUGCAGUACAACAACAAGCUGGUUCUUCCCGACAACCCCGAACGCUGCACCAGCCGCAUGUGUGUGCUCGGAGCCACCGGUUUUACGUCUGGGAAGCACAGCUGGACCGUAGACGUGGGCCACGGCAAGGAAUGGUACAUCGGGGUGGCCCGUGAGUCCAUCAAGAGGAAAAGCACCGCCUUCCUGAGCCCCGAAGACGGUUACUGGGUGAUUGGCAAGUGCAGCAACGAAUCGCUCUGGGCUCAGACGUCGCCUCGCACCAGGAUCUCGAUGAAGCAGGUCCCCGCGAGGAUCACUGUGCAGCUGGACUACGAGAGAGGAAAGGUGUUCUUCAUCAACGCUGCCGACUCAGCAGUGAUACACACGUUCAAGGAGAAAUUCACAGAGAGGCUCUUUCCCUACUUCUCUGUUGGAUUGUGCGAGGACUGGAAAAACUCGAGCCCGCUCACGGUCUGCCCUGUGAUAUUGAAAGUGGUUGCAGAUUAGGCUUAGAAAGUGGACACCAUGCAGUGUUUAGGUCCUGAACUGGGAUUGUUUUGGCACAGACUUUAAACUGGGAAUCGGUUCGUAUCAAAUGAAGGUCGUUUGGAGUAUUUUGGGUUAAAUAUUUGAGCUGUUUUAUUUAAUCCGAAGAAAGUCUUCACAUUCAAUAAACUACAAAGUUGAUUUUAUGA